CAGUUUGCAGAACUGGAGACUUAAUUGACUAUGUCUGGCCCCAGACUCAGCGAAGACGGCCUCGAGAAGCUUAUCGAAGCAGCGAGAGGCGGCUCGAUUCCUCUUAUGCAGCCCGCAGUUGCACUGCUGAAAUCUCAAUACACGCCUGCCCUCCUCGAUGCGAUCCUACACCACCUCACCCCUGAGUCAGCUCAGGUAACCGCUGACCGGUACAGGACAGACCACCCCGACUACAAACCGGAUUUUGCUCUGAGGCUGACCUGCUUACAAGGGGUGAACAUGGCCAUUACUGUAUACGAGGAACGAGAGGACGUCAGGGAUGAAAUCAGGGUUCGUCUACAGGAGCGCAUUGCGGGUAUCGCCUCGUGGAUCCUCGUCGUCCAGUUUCGAAACCCGAAGCACCUCAGGUUCCAGUCCAUGGUGCCCAACGGUCAGCUCAAGGAGCAGUUCGUGUACUACGUUUACAUGAUGAAGAAUCUAUCGGAUCUCCAUCCAUCCCUCAGGGAAGCUAUGGUAUCCACACCCGUCUUCUUGGACCUUCUCCUGUACUUCUGGCACGCCCAGACGGCAGAAGGCGAUCCUUUCGUCCUCUUUACCGACCGGAAGCCACGGGAAGAAUGUCUCGUCGUACAUCUAUUCAAGACCUUCCUUCAACUUGAAAAGGAGGUUAAGCCGUCUGUGACAAUCUUGGAUCGGGCGCUGGACGGAGGAUUCUGCGACGCGUGGUCACUAGUGGAGGGAGCGGCCCUUCGCGCGAAACUGUGUUCUUUAAACAUCACCACUCUCAACUCGAACUACCCAGAAAACCGACUCGUCAACCGCUGCUUGUAUCUCACCUCCCUGAUCGAUAUCUGCAACAUAUUCCUCGAACACCCCCAAUUCCAUCCCAUCACUUUCUUCGAGGCCCGAUGCUUCGACGCCUUUGUCGAGCUCAACUACAACAUCGUCGCCCAUAUGUCUCCGAUCGUCUCCGAAUACUGGCUGCUGGAGCUCUCCGGGGAAUGCCUUGAGCAGCAAAGUUCUAUUCUGACGAUGGCUGUAAGCUCGGACUACGCACCCAUUUGGCACGUUCAAAAUAUCAUCAAGGGAGGGCUACUUCACGCGCUAUUCCAUAUCCUCCGAAAGAUCGACUCGUCCAAGGUUGACCACGCCAUCAACAACGUCCUGAGAAUCCUCACGGCGUAUGCCAUCUAUCCCAAGGUCGCACGCCAGCUACAGGUCCACUUCAACGGGUCCAUUCCGCACCAGAUGAGGUGCGGACUCGCCAUCCAGAAGCUGUGCGGCCGAACCUGGACCGGAUUCAAGACAUGUGUCGAUUUCUUCACCAAGAUAAUCCAAUCCACGCGCUGGGUUCGGGAUGAGCUUAGCAUCUGCGACAAUCUCCACCAUCACGAAAACUUUGAGCCGAGGGACAGGUACAAAAGUAAGACCUGCGCCGGAUGUACCUCGGUGGCGUACUGUUCUUCGCUGUGCCAGAAGGAGGAUUGGAAACUUUUCCAUCGCUAUGAGUGUAAAACUGCGCGCGCUGGCUACCUCGACCUCAAAGAAUUCCGCAAACAAUACCGCCACCGCUACCGAGCAUCGCAUCUGGCGCUCAUGAUUGCAGUGUACCAGAAGAACUGGCACUGGGUAGAAAGUGAGACCAGGAACAUAAUAGACGGACCCACAGCCCGGCACAACGUCAUAACCGCGCGUCUCCCGGAUCCCCUCCCAGAAGGCAGCGAUCGUCGGUUCGAAGCCAUCGUCCGACGUCAUGCUGGAGACCGAUCUUCCAGGUUGGUCGAAGGAAUGUUUCUCUUGGGAAGGGAACAAGUCUGGGUUCUGGCUGCUAUCAAACCCGUUGGUGUAUUGCGGAAUGGACUCCCGCGAUUUACCGUUAUAAAUAGUUAUCUUAGGCUCGUCUCCAGCCGCUACGCCCUUCUUAUAUUCCUGCUACCUACUAUACAUACUGUGACCAAGGAGACUGGUCACGAGUCUAGGUUAAGCUGUAUGAACAAGAAUUUCAUACAGUCUGAGAUUGGCUUUGUCCUGGAAAAGUGGCAAAGCUACGAACUUGACAUCCUCCCCGACGAAUCUGACCACCACGUUUGCGUCGAGCCUGAUGCCAUCAGCCCCCCUCGGUUGAUCGAUUUCGCUCGUCGCUGUUGA